AUGCGUCUUGCACUCCUCGCCUCGACACUGGCCUUAGUGGCCCGGCCAGUCGUGGCCAGUCUGGCCUACUGUGCCACUGAGAACACAGGAUCGUCCUUUUCGGCUGUGUCCAAUACCUACCAGUCUAACGGAGCCUGCACAGAAACUUGUGCCGACUAUGCCCUCGGAAUCCUGCAGGGGAAGAAGUGCUGGUGCUCAAACGUGGCACCCUCGACAGACUCUCGCGAAUCGGUCUCGGAGUGUGAUACGGGAUGUCCUGGCUACCCAGCUGACAGCUGUGGAAGUGCAGCAAAGGGUGUUUGGGCCUAUGUGAAGAUCUUAGGAAAUUCUAUUUCCAGCACAGAGAGCGAUUCCGCAACGACGAGCUCAUCAACAAGUACAACCUCCUCGGCCAGCACCACCGAUCCUACGACCACAAGCAAUGUCGUCAAGGAGACCACCAACGCCAGCGGCCAGGUCAGGACCGUCACAGUUGCCGCGCCGGUUUCGACCGCUGGACUCGACACAUCCGAUAAGUCUGCCGAUGGAGGCAGCAGCCUAAGCGGAGGCUCCAUUGCUGGAAUCGUCAUCGGUGUCCUGGGCGGUAUUGCUCUGGUCGGCGCCCUGAUCUUCAUGAUCUUCUUCUAUCGGAAGCGUGCUCGCACAGUGAGCCCCAUUCCCAGCCAAGAUAUGGCCGACCGUGCCAGCCAGGGAUCCAGCUUUGUCCCUGGUGUCUUCACUCAGGGCCACACCCAAGAGAUGUCUGGCUCGUCCUCCCUGGGCCGUAAGCACACCUUCACGGACAACCGGAUGAAGGCCGACAUCUACCCCAACGGUCCUCGUGACAGCAGUGUAUCGCUGCAAGACAACGAGGACUACUCGCGGCCUGUCCUUCGAGUAAGUUGCGACGACUUCAGUCAAAUGCCGAUGCGUACUAACGACACUUCAGGUUACCAAUGCCGAUUAAACAUGAUCUGA